CCGCCAAACUUCCUUCAUUCUGUUUUUACUAUGCAUCCAUCGCCAAUUAGAAGAGUAGUCCAUAGUUGAAAUGCGUAACCGCCCAAAAAUGGCAUUGCGUUCCCCUAUCAGUAGCGCCCUAAUUAUCUUCGUACUUUCUUGCUUCCUCGCGCUCCGUGUUAGUGGAAUUCAAAUAAUCUCCAAAUCGAAGCUCGAGAAGUGCGAGAAGAACUCAGACUCCAACAAUCUCAAUUGUACCACCAAAAUCGUAGUGAACAUGGCUGUUCCCAGUGGCUCGAGUGGAGGAGAGGCGUCGAUUGUUGCGGAAUUGGUGGAAGUGGAAGAAAAUUCAACCAGGAAAAUGCAGACAUUGCGGAUUCCACCUGUGAUUACGAUCAAUAAAACUUCGGCAUAUGCGUUGUAUGAGUUAACAUAUAUACGAGAUGUUCCUUAUAAACCUGAGGAGUAUUAUGUCCAGACACGCAAAUGUGAGCCAGAUGCUGGUGCAAAUGUCGUGAAGAUAUGCGAGAGACUGCGAGAUGAAGAGGGUCAUAUUAUUGAGAACACUCAGCCAAUUUGUUGUCCAUGUGGGCCUCAGCGGCGCAUGCCUUCAUCAUGUGGAAACUUCUUUGACAAAUUAACAAAAGGAAAGGCCAACACUGCACAUUGUGUGCGUUUCCCUGGUGAUUGGUUUCAUGUUUUUGGCAUUGGGAGGAGAACUUUGGGCUUUAGUGUUCGAAUAGAGGUGAAGAGUGGAACUAAAAUUUCGGAAGUGGUUGUGGCGCCUGAAAACAGAACAGUGAUCUCUGAUGAUAAAUUUUUGAGGGUAAAUCUUAUUGGAGAUUUUGUUGGGUACACAAAUAUACCAUCUUUUGAGGAUUUCUAUCUAGUUGUACCAAGGCAGGGCAGCCCUGGUCAACCACAGGAUUUGGGGAGAAAUAUUUCUAUGUGGAUGCUGCUCGAGAGAGUGAGAUUUACCUUAGAUUCUGUUGAAUGCAACAAAAUUGGUGUGAGCUAUGAAGCUUUCAAUCGACAACCAAACUUUUGUUCUUCCCCCUUUUGGACCUGCUUGCAUAAUCAACUGUGGAAUUUUCGGGAGGCUGACCUGAAUCGAAUAAGUAGGAAUCAGGUGCCACUCUAUGGUUUGGAAGGAAGGUUUGAAAGGAUAAACCAACAUCCAAGUGCUGGGAGUUAUUCUUUCUCCAUAGGAAUUACAGAGGUUCUUAAUACAAACCUUGUGCUAGAAUUAAGUGCGAAUGAUGUAGAGUAUGUUUAUCAAAGGAGCCCAGGAAAGAUUAUAAGUGUUAGCGUCCCUACAUUUGAAGCUCUAACCCAAUUUGGUGUUGCUAUAAUCACAACUAAGAACACGGGUGAGGUGGAAGCAUCAUAUAGUUUGACGUUUAAUUGCUCCAAGGAUAUCACCCUGAUGGAGGAGCAAUUUUUAAUAAUGAAACCAAAUGAGAUUACAACCAGAUCGUUCAAACUCUACCCCAGCAAUGAUCAAGCUUCAAAGUAUUUUUGUGCGGCCAUAUUAAAGGACUCUGAUUAUAAUGAAGUUGAUAGAGCCGAAUGUCAAUUUGCUACGACGGCAACAGUUCUUGACAAUGGCACACAGGGGAUGCCUUUUCAACCACCGGAGACAAGUUUAAAUGGUUUCUUUGAUUCUAUUGAAAACUUAUGGAAUAAACUUUGGACCACCUUAACAGAAUUUAUCACUGGAAGAACUUGUAGACAAAAAUGCUCUGGGUUUUUUGACUUCAAGUGCCACAUACAGUACGUAUGCUUGAGUUGGGUAAUGAUGUUUGGUCUGUUUUUGGCAAUUUUUCCGACAGUGCUUGUACUAUUAUGGCUUUUGCACGAAAAGGGUCUAUUUGAUCCUCUUUAUGACUGGUGGGACGAUCUCUUAGACGCUGAUGAACAAAUCAUCAUGGAUAAACGCAAAAUCAUAACUGACAAGGGACAUCACCAUAUUCAUGACAACAACCAUCACAAGCAAGAGCUUGGGCGCCCUAACUAUAGUGCUCAAUAUAGGCGAAGGACCGGUUAUGAGCGUAAACUCAAGCAUUCGGGAAGGAACUCUGAUUAUUUUGAUGAUUUACGACAUGUUCAUAAAGAAAUGCACAAGCAUUCUGAUUAUUAUGGUCAUUCACACCAUGUUCAUAAAGAAAUGCACAAGCAUGGUCAUAAGAAAAAGAACAUGGAUAAUCGACAGCAUACUGCUGACCAUCCUGCACACCACAAACACAGAAAGAAAGAGGGAAAACUUAAAGAGAAGAAACUAAAGCAUGAUAAAGUGAGGCAAGAAAAUUAUGACAGACACAGACAAGUUCAGCUAGAUGAGCAAGAAGAUGAGUAGAUUGAUGCCCGAACUGACAACUUAAUAUAGAAAUCUUUUUUAAUUUCAGACACCAAAGUCUAACAGCAACUUGUUAGUUGUUAUACCUACUUCAUAGAAUCAUGGUUACGCUUUAUCCUUUUACCUUCGCCCAUUUCUGCUACUAGUCUUUCUGUCUUUCUAUUAUUAUCUCAUAAGGUGGGUUGGACUACAAUUGGGGAAGGAAGUUAUUGAAAGAUAGCAUUAGGAUUUAGUGUGUGGAAGACAUUUUAAUAGAAAAGAAAUAGCUAAUC